AUGGAUUGGGCGCUACGGCCAAACGAUUAUUAUGGUCUUGUCGACAACACAUAUUGCAUCGGCGCCCAGGAGGCCAAGGCAUACAAUGCCAAGGAAUCACCAUCGAAUAUGGUCGACUUUUGCAUGAUUAUCCGCCCUCCUCUUAGGAGUCCUGAGGCCGACUGCAUUGAUGAGGUUUGCAAGAUGCGGCCUGAAGUCACCAUCAACCACACGGAUCAUGAUGUCCUGUGCAAGAGCCCCAUCGUCGUGUCGUUCGAGACUAAGGGUUCCGGGGCCGACCACGAGAAGGCGACGUGGCGGGGUCUGGCAAAAUGCCCAAACGACUUGCCGGCCAUACCGUUUCUGCCUGGUGUCCUCAUCAAUGGCCACGGUUGGUCUUUUGUUGCGAGCGCCAUCAAAGAUGGAAGAUCCGUCCUCUACAGCGAGGUCGAGCUCGGGAAGACGUCAACCGGGUUUGGUAUUAUUACCACGCCUGUUGCGCCAUAG